AUGUACAACAACCCAUCCAUUAACAACAACGUCCACCACAUUAAUCACUCAAACAAUAACAGUCAUGCAAUAUCAAGUCCUCCACCCCAGCCCCAGCGUCCGUCACAGCAACCACAGGCCCAAAAAGAACCAAUUACGAUUGUCGGAAUCCCCUCAGUUCAAAUCGAGAACGGUCGUCUCGUCGUCGGUUCUUCCCAGAGCAGCUCAAGACGAUCAUACACACCUCUCAAAGUUCUCGGAGAUGGAUCCUUUGGUACUGUCUGGCUCUGCGAUUGGCAUGGGACCCUACCCCCCAAUACACCGCUUUCACCGAUGCAAUGUGGAGCUAGCGCGCGGCCAGAGUGGGCUGGGAAGAGGCUCGUAGCAGUGAAGAGAAUGAAGAAGAAGUGGGAAGGUGGCUGGGAUGAGUGUCAAAAGCUCAAGGAACUCGAGUCGCUUCGUGCAAUACCCUUUCACCUCAAUAUAAUACCUCUCUACGACUUUUUUCUAAUGCCGACCACCAAGGAACUCUAUUUUGUCUUUGAAUCCAUGGAAGGAAAUCUCUAUCAUCUCAUCAAGGCGCGAAAAGGUCGUCCAUUCACAGGAGGUUUAAUUGCCUCCAUAUUCUAUCAGAUAGUGUCUGGACUGUACCACAUUCAUUCUCAUGGUUAUUUUCACCGUGAUAUGAAGCCAGAAAACGUUCUAGUCACUACUACCGGACUUUUUGACUACACCUCAAUUUCUCCUAUUGCUCCGACCAAUGCACCUCUAGAGAAGGAUGUCGUAGCAACCAUCAAGCUCGCCGAUUUUGGCUUGGCUCGAGAGACCAAAAGCAAACCUCCAUAUACUCAAUACGUAUCCACGAGAUGGUAUCGCGCUCCCGAAGUCCUACUCUACAGUCCUCAUUACUCCAAUCCCGUUGACAUGUGGGCUCUUGGUACAAUAAUGGCAGAAGUAGUCAAUUUGCGGCCUCUCUUCCCUGGCUCCGACCAGCUAGACCAAGUCGCUCGUAUCUGUGAAAUACUCGGAAACCCUAGUAAUGAAUACGGUCUAGAUAGGUCAAAGGCUCCGAUUGGUGGUGGCCCUUGGCCGAGAGGAAUUGAAAUGGCAAAACUACAAGGUUUUGAGUUUCGGAGGAUGCCACCUCGAGAUAUUCACGAACUCUUCGAUCGAUCGGUACCGUUGUCACUAGUCCAUUGUAUACGUGACCUGCUCAAAUAUGAUCCCGAUGCACGGUUGACUAGCCAGCAGUGUUUACGCCACCAAUACUUGGUCGAGUCUUUACCUCGCAACAAUAUUCCCUUACCCUCUGGGGUUCGCAUAUCUGCUUCUCUUUCCCAUAUGAACGGAAAUGGCACUUUACCCUCUCCUCACCCCAUCCCACCCUCUCAUUCCUAUCCUGCUACCGGCUCGCAUUCCUUCCAGUCACAAAUUCCGAACAACUCAUCAACCCGCAUCCCAUUCUACCCACAAGAACACUCCCCUCAUUCUCCUUCUGCCCCUUAUUCCCAGCACGAACCUGUUGUCAAUCAACCCUGGGCCAAUGGGCAAACACCCAACGGUGACUAUCCUAUGGCCAGUGAAGAGGAGCAUAACACUAUGGAUGUCUAUCCUAAUCGGUCACAACAGAUUGAUCCUGAUUCUUCUCUUGUUGAUCCGUCAGAGCCUGGACAUUCUCCAAGUCCGAGGAAACCUCCUAGGUCCCGUUUCAGGAAGCACUUCACAAUCGGCGGCAUGUUUGGUGGAGACAAAUCUCAUCGCCCCGAAUUACCUCCGUUACAUGAAGUACCCGCUGCAUCAACAUCUACUCAUUCGUUGAAGCGCACCCAAUCUGCAGGGUCGGACACACGUUCUCUGAAAGGGGAAGCAACAUCUCCUGUGCGGUCGGAAGAAGCUAAACGGAACAAGAAAGAAGCAGAGCGUUUACAACGCGAGGCUGAGAAGCAACGGCGCGCUCUAGUAGAGAAGACGCAGCGUGAACAGGCUCGUGCUGUCAUGAAAAAGCGCAACGUGAUCAUGCAGCAGAACACGAAGGAUAUCCUUGAAUGGGAGCCUCGGCUAGAGUUUGCUGACACGACUUCGAAUAACAAAGGGAAGCUGGUUGGAACUGGUCCAGUACGACGAGACCGAAGUCAUCCUGACUCUGCGGUCGGAGGGUCGACGGUAAAUGCAGCGUCAGGACGAUUUGCGCCUCACGGAAGUGAAUCUCCCGGCGGAUCAACCGAUUGGAGGAGCGGUGAACGAAUGGCUAAAGUCAGAAGGAUGGAAUUCGAUGAUGACCAUUCCGUAUCGUCCUCGGACGUGCACAGUACCGGUCGAAUGUCCUCCCUGUCGUUCGCAACCAUCGAUAGUGACCCGGGACCUUCGCGAAUAAGGAAUAGACCCAGUCUGUUUGGUUUGAAUAGGAUGACCUCAACGUCUUCAUUGCGAACGUCUUUCGAUGAUUUUGCUCCUUCAGCACGGUCGUCGAAUUCGUUCUCCCUCGAUGGCCAGCUUGCGCAUGAUUUCCGUACACAGGCCUCUGUGAAUACGGUAGCAUCCCCGACGUUACCAGGAAGUGUUUCACCCCCUCCUAUGCAAACCCUCUCCUUGUCACCUCCAAUAUCACCGCUUCCCCAGUGGAUGCAAGUACCGCCUCAUUCAGAAACACUUUCUUCACGGCGUGGGCAAGUCCCGCCUGCCAUAAGUGUUCCGCAGCUUUCCGUUUCCUCUACUCGCAGCGCAUCGUAUAGUCCAUACGAGCUUCCAAAGGAGGCUAACCUCAAUGGUCGACCGACGACUCAUGGUCAUUUCAACGCUAAUAAACCCGAUAUCAAUCCGAUCUUCAAAGUGGUGAGUUAUAACUGGGAUGCUGAGGGAGGACUCGAACCUGAUUCUGGUAAAUUCUCUCAGCCACCACUACCCACCCCCAUAUCUGCGGGGACCGAUGAGUCCUUUCCCACCACAUCAUUACCGCCAUUCUCACAGCUAGAAGCCGUCGCUGGAGGCGGUUGUGAUUAUCCGCCGCUGUCCCCGAUGUCUUUUACAGCACCUUCGGAAGCUUCGUCCCCAUAG